CGCCAGUUCCCAACUGUCAAGCCAUCCAGCCUGUCCAAGCCAUGGCAGACACCAAAACCAGCGGCGGGUACCGCUUUGUUGGCGACUACGUUGCCGGUGCGAGACUCGCCGAGGACAAGAGAAAAACGAGGAGGGUGACACAACUGGCCGCCUUUGCCCUGGGCGCAGCUACCAUUUCGUGGUUUCUCUUGUCGCCUUCAGCGCUCGGCUAUCCCGUCUCUCCGUCCGGUGACGUCCCCAGAAAGCACCCCCCUUCGAAUGACUUUGCGGCAGCCAUUGCAAGUUGCCCAGGCUACGCGGCGUCCAAUGUCGUCCAAACGGACUCCUCCCUCACCGCGGACCUGAGCCUUGCUGGCCCUGGCUGCAACGCCUUUGGGCAAGACAUCCCAGAGCUGAAGCUGCUGGUGCAGUACCAGACCGACCGGCGUCUGCACGUAAAGAUUUACGAUACCGCCCUAGAUGCCUACCAGAUACAGGAGGCGGUGCUGCCGAGCCCCAAGAACACUAAGAGCCCUGCAGAGGACUCCCAUCUCCGCUUCCAUCUGGUCGAACGGCCCUUCUCCUUCGCCGUGACUAGGGCCGAGUCGGGCGAGGUUCUGUUCAACACGUCCAGGGAGCCCCUGGUGUUUGAGACCCAGCUGGUCCGUCUCCGCACCGCCUUGCCCGAGGACCCGAACCUGUACGGCCUGGGCGAGUACGCGGGGUCGCUCCGCAUGCCGACCGAGAACUACAGCCGCACGCUGUGGAAUGCCGACUUUGCCUUCACCCCGCCCGAGUACAACCUCUACGGCUCCCACCCAGUGUACUAUGACCACAGGCCCGGGUCAGGCACGCACGCCGUCUUCCUCCGUAAUGCCAACGGGAUGGAUGUCAAGAUCCACCGCACCCCCGAGGACGGCCAGUAUCUCGAAUACGCCCUCCUCGGCGGGGUGCUGGACUUUUACUUCCUGGCGGGCCCGUCCCCGGCCGAGGCGAGCAGGCAGUACGCCGAGGUGGUCGGUCUGCCGGCCAUGCAGCCCUACUGGGCCCUCGGCAUCCACCAGUGCAAGUACGGCUACUGGGACGUCUUCAUGCUGGCCGAGGUCGUCGCCAACUCGUCGGCCGCCAACAUCCCGCUCGACGUGCUGUGGUCCGACAUCGACUCGAUGCAUCUCCGCCGCGACUUCACGCUGGACCCCGAGCGGUUCCCCCUGCACAUGAUGCGCCUCCUGGUGGACACGCUGCACUCGCGCGGCCAGCGCUUCGUCACCAUGCUAGACGCCGGCAUCGCCCGCGCCGACGACUACACCCCGUACCACCGCGGCCGUGCCAAGGACGCCUUCCUUAAGGCCGCCGACGGCAGUGACCACCUUGGCGUCCAGUGGCCCGGCGUGGUGGUCUGGCCCGACUUCUUUGCCCCGGGCGCCCAGGACUGGUGGACCGACGAGAUCAAACGUUGGUUCGACCCGGGAACGGGCAUGGACGUUGAUGGCCUGUGGAACGACAUGAACGAGGCCUCCAACUUUUGCCACGACGUCCACUGCAUACCUGAAAAGGUGGCCAAGGACGAAAACAAUCCGCCGGCGCCCAUCCACGCCCCGCGUCCCAACACUGGCCGCCCCAUCGCCGGGUUCCCACCUGAAUUCCAGCCGGGUCAUAAAGUUGCCGCCACUCACAAGGCCAUGAUGAUCGACGAAGCCUCUUGGGAUAGAGAGUUACUUCCUCGCUCGACCACUCCUCCACCCGAGGCUCCCAGGGGCCAGAUGAAAGGCAUCCCCGGCCGCGACCUCCUGACGCCGCCCUACCGCAUCGAGAACCGCAAGGGCGAGCUGAGCGACAGGACAAUCUACACCAACAUUACCAACGCCGACGGCACCACGCAGCACGACACGCACAACCUCUACGGCACCAUGGUCGCCGUCGCCACGCGCAACGCCCUGCUGGCGCGCCGCCCGGGCGUCCGCCCCUUCGUCCUGACGCGCAGCACCUUCUCGGGCUCCGGGCGCGCUGCCGCGCACUGGUUCGGCGACAACCGCUCCACGUGGAGCGACUACCGCCUCGCCAUCGCCCAGAUGCUCAACGCCGCCGCCCUGCAGCAGAUGCCCCUCGUCGGCUCCGACGUGUGCGGCUUCGGCGGCACCGCCCAGGAGCACAUGUGCGCGCGUUGGGCCACCGCCGCCGCCUUCCAGCCCUUCUUCCGCAACCACGCCGACCUGAACGACCCGCACCAGGAGUUCUACCUCUGGCCGCGCGUGGCCGCCGCCGCCCGCGCCGCCAUCCGCGCGCGCUACCGCCUGCUCGACUUCCUGUACACGGCGCUCCGCCGCCAGGCCGAGGUGGACGGCGACCCGCUCGUGCGCCCGCUGUGGUUCGUCUACCCGGCCGACGCGCGCUGCACCGCCGUCGAGACCCAGUGGUUCCUGUCCGACGCCCUGCUCGUCUCGCCCGUCGUCGACGACGACGCCACCGACGUGACCUUUUACCUGCCCGACGACCUCUUCUACGACUUUUGGACCCGCCAGCCCGUCCGCGGCGAGGGGCGAACAGUGACGCGCGCGGGGGUGGGCUGGGACGAGAUACCCGUCCACGUGCGCGGCGGCUCCGUCGUGCCGCUGCGCGCCCGCGGCGACGCGAACUCGACCGCCACCCUCCGCGCCGACGAGGGCUUCGUGCUGCUCGUCGCGCCCGGGCUGCACGGCGGCACGGCCAGGGGGUCGCUGUACCUCGACGACGGCGAGAGCCUGCACCCGGGCGACGCCGUCACGGACCUGGAGUUUACGUGGGACGGCAAGGCCUUCUCGGCCGCCGCGCGCGCCUGGGGCUUCGAGACGGGGCUGGCGGUCGAGGAGGUCGUCGUGCUCGGGCAGGAGCGGGACCCGGGCAUCCCGGGGUCCGAGUUCGACGAGAAGACGGGCGCCGUCACCGUCAGGGGGCCCUGGCCGCUGACGGAGGAUUUUGGGUUUACCUUUUCGUGAUUGCAGGGCAUGCUGGACUAUCUAUACAACCUGCACCCAUGAGAUGAACAUCGACUGUACCGAAACAACGUGAAAUCAUUACAAAUAGAUACUGUUCUUCAGACGAUUACACCCGACUGGCGCCAAAGUCAAUGGUUUGCAUACACAUGCCCGCGUAUCCAGGAAGACUAUCAAAGCCCCGAUCCAAGCCAUUCAUCCAUCAUACAUAUCCCGGGAAUUUGUCCCAUGACAUGCCAAAAUAUUCCAACUCCAGCAAAAAAAACAAGAAGCCAUCCCAUUUG